AUGUAUUUAGCAGUAAUGGUUGCGAAUGAUUCGGUCAGCGUCAGCCGCCAACGACAACCGCGAGCUUCCUGGAAGAAUCAGAUAGACUUUCUAAUAUCGCUGAUCGCCUAUGCGAUCGGUCUAGGAAACGUCUGGCGUUUCCCGUACUUGUGCCACAGGAACGGCGGAGGUGCCUUUUUAAUUCCGUAUCUUCUAAGCUGGGUUUUGCUGGCUGCGCCGAUAUUUUUGAUGGAGGUUACGCUGGGUCAGUAUUUCCAAACCGGCAUCAUCGGCGUCUUCGAUUCUUGCCCUAUAUUUUCAGGCGUUGCAUAUGCUACGGUAAUUGUAUCGUUCCUUUGCAACAUUUAUUAUUGCGUCAUCAUUGCGUGGGCGUUAUUUUACAUGUUUUCCUCUUUCACUCCGUUGCUUCCGUGGCAGGACUGUAACCACACGUGGACGGACAGCGGCUGUCUGUCAGCGUCCUCAUGGAAUUUGAACUCAACGACUGCCGAAUCAUCGGUCGAACAAUUUUGGCUGCGUCGCGUAUUGCAGACCUCCUCGAGAAUAGAAGAAACCGGCGCCGUUCAGUGGGAGCUAUUUUCCAUAUUACUGCUUCUGUGGAUGGCCGUCUAUUUCACACUGUGGAGGGGCAUCACGAAGGCGCGAAAAGUAGUCUACUUCUGCGCGAUGUUUCCGUACAUCGCACUCUUAGUGUUGCUAAUCCGCGCCGUUACUCUGCCAAACGCGCUACACGGCAUCGUUUCGUUCCUGCGUCCGGACUUACAGCGACUCCUGGACCCUGUGGUGUGGAAAGAUGCCGCAACUCAGGUGUUCUACUCGUCUGGGAUCGGUUACGGAAGCUUAUCCGCAUUGGGUAGUUUCAAUGAUUUUCAUCAUAACUGCUACAGAGACAGCAUUCUUAUAUGCGUCAUAAACGCAAGCACAAGCUUCACUUGUGGAAUCGCUGUGUUUUCUAUUUUGGGACAUAUGGCGGUCUUGAUGCGGAAGAACAUCCAAGAGGUGGUACAGUCCGGAGUGGGGCUUGUUUUUCUUGCGUAUCCCGAGGCGGUUAUAACUCUUCCACUGCCACAGCUGUUCAGCUGCCUCUUUUUUGCCAUGAUAGUCAUUCUUGGUCUCGAUUCUCAGGUAAGCCCAGACAUUGCUUAUGUUUGCAGCACAGUGCAUGAGAGGUUAGCAUCUAAUUCGAACUACGAGGUGCCGAGCUCGAUUCCCGUGAUGGGCAGUCUUUGUCUUUCAAUUAAUCAAGCUCAACGCCGUGGAAGUGUCAAUGGAGUCGACGCAUCGAUUACAAGUUGCAUAACAAGGCUAUAUGGCUUCAGCAUCCAACAGAUGUUCACAGUCGAAGAUGAAGCUUUGAGGUUGUUUUCGAAGACCGGCUGA